AUGACUUAAACAAAAUGGAAAUCCCUUGUUUCUGUUUCCAGUUAUACUGGUAAUACCUCAGUAACCAACAAAUACACUUUUAUAGUAUAAACAGCCUAAAUGGCGGAGAGGCACCGGGCUCUGCCGUCAUGGAUGGAGAAGAAGGAGAAAGUGACGGAGAAGGAGCCGCUGAAGAGCAGGAGAAAGCGGAGGACUGUACGGGGUGUUUUCUACUGUAUGAACGAGAAGGAGCUGGUGGAGGCAGCGGUGUCGUUUCUUACCAAGGAGGAUGAGGCUCUCCCGGCUGACCUGAAGGUUGAAGACAAGGCAGCAGCCACCACUGUGAAAAUGAGGGAGAACCCUUCCACUUCAAGGAAGAGAGCAAAGCUGGUGACUCUAGAGGAGGAGUCCUCAGACUGCGAUGAUGCCCUGGAGACGACGUAUGUUUCCGAAACAGACGUGGACAUCACAGAGGUGGAAACAGUGGCGUACACUAACAGCCCGCAGCAUCAGGGACCUAAGGGUCAGAGGUCAGGACCAGAACAGGGUAACGGUGGUCUUGUGAAUAUUGGAUUAGGGGCUGAGGAAAAAGAGGAGCACUCACAGACGCCGGUAAAGGCAGCAGAAGAGGAUGAUGCCUUACGGCUUGUGAGAGAGAUUUUUUUCACAUGAUAAUGAACUUAAUCAGAAUACCGGAAUUGUGCACAUUAAGCCUAAAAUGUUUGCAAUAAAUGGAAAAUAUUGUCUUCGAGGACAAUGCCAUCCUCGUUACAAAUUCACCAGACAUUAAUUCUACAUGUACGCAGCUCCACUAUGGAGCUACGAAUUUCGGGGGAAACUGAUCCUUCAAUUUAUGUCACUGAGAUGUUAAAUUUUACAAAUAUCCAUAGACUGACAACGAUAAUUUUAUAUAUUUUAUAAGUUUUUGCAUCAAAAUGAGGUGUAAAUGUCGUGUACUUUUGAAUUACCGCAUCUAAAACCCAAUUUUCACUAAGUCUGAGGUUCAGUGUUAAUGGAGCCGCUACAUAUUAUACACCCCACUGUAUUGUCUGAUUUAACUGUCCCUGGAAUCACUGAACUGACGUGAAUUAAUGGAAAUUCCCUGAACACAGAUAACUUGAUAUUUAGUGAGUCAAAACAUUUUACUGCAAGCGUUAACCAGAAAGCCAUAACAUGUUUUAUGUUGAGAUAAGUUAUCAAGCCGAUCCUCACCACAUACUAAUAUUGAAUGUGAAACUGAAAGCCACUGGUAAUGUGACGCAUCACCAUAGAGUUUAAGUAGGUGAAAAUACAUUUUUCAAUCAAAAGGUCUGUGCUUGUUGACUUUUCCAUGAGCAAACCACUGAGCACUAUAUUGUAGUUGUAGCUGAGGCCUUUUUAUAUGAGGACACAUAAAAAGGUUCUGUUGUCAGAGAUGAAACCGCAGAUUGAAAUGUAACAAUGGUAUUGAACUUGAAGAUUAUAGAGUAUAUACUUACAUUUCAAUGGGAAUUUAGGUUUACUAGAUAUUGUAGUUUUUUCCACUUUAAUAAAUGAUUAUGUAGUAGUGGCUGCACUGCCCCUUAAGUGCCAUUCUCUUAAGCCCCUAUGCAUAAAUGUUGAAAACUGGAAAACUUAAAAUACCUUGCUACUGUUCUUGUUUCCCAGGUGAGCUUCUCUGAUAAUUCAGUGUUUAUUUUCAAGAGAUGCUCACAGCGACUUCAUCUUCUAAAGGAACUUAGUGGCCUCAGUGUUUGUCCGCAGAUUUAAGAAACAGUGAACACAACUAUUAUUCAGAUUGUUUAAACUUUUCACCCUCUUGCCUACAGUCUCCUAAAUUGUAGAUCUAAGAAUGAACUCUCUAAUUGUGUCAAUGGCAAGCUGAAUAUUUGGCAAACCCCAAAAGCCCCUGACCCAACUUUUAACAGAAAGGACAAAGAAGAAAGCAAGUAGUAUUCUGGUAGAUAGCUCCUGUUCACUUUUCAGCUAGUUUGCAUUCUUGAGCUCAAGGAGGCAACUAAACAUGUGUUAAAUAAGUCAUUAAUCCUAAAUGCCAUCAGUAUUCUUAACGCAUGUCACUCAUGUGACAGAGUACAUCUAACACACAGAAAUUGAGCUGUUUUAAUGUGAAGUCUGCUUUUUAUGUUGUUGAAUUGUCUUGUGUUUUUUGAGCCCAAGACCAACUUUCACC